UGAUAGGCGUAGAGGAAAGUCAUUGCAGUAAAAAUACCGCUCCUUGAUGAAGUGUUAUUGCAUUCGCAAGUUCAGUGUACUAUUGUUUAUAGAUUCCAUUCAUUUAUCUGACGAUUUUGUGUUAAGUCAUUCUACACAACCGUGACUACAAUGAUUGUCAACACCGGAAAAUUAGCUGGCCGCACACUUUUUAUUACGGGUGCAUCUAGAGGAAUCGGUAAGGCGAUUGCCCUAAAAGCCGCACAAGAUGGUGCCAACAUAGUGGUAGCAGCCAAGACUGCUGAAGCUCAUCCGAAGUUACCUGGGACCAUAUAUACGGCUGCGGCUGAAAUCGAGGCUGCUGGCGGUAAGGCGUUACCUUGUGUUGUGGAUGUCCGUGAUGAAAAUACAGUGCGCGCCGCGAUUAAGAGUGCAGUGGAUAAAUUCGGCGGAAUAGACAUCUUGGUGAACAAUGCUAGCGCAAUCUCCCUCACCCCUACCGAGCAAACCGAUAUGAAACGUUAUGAUCUUAUGCAUAAUAUCAAUACUCGGGGUACUUUUUUGGUAUCCAAAGAAUGCAUCCCUUACCUGAAAAAGAGCAACCACGCUCACAUUCUUAACAUAUCACCGCCCUUGAAUAUGAAUCCCUUGUGGUUCAGCAAUCAUGUGGCUUAUACCAUGGCGAAGUAUGGCAUGUCCAUGUGUGUACUUGGCAUGGCGCGGGAAUUCAAGGACAAUAAUAUUGCUGUCAAUGCGUUGUGGCCCAGAACUGCUAUCUACACAGCAGCGAUGGAGAUGCUAACUGGCAAAGAAAGCGAUCAGUUUUCACGGAAACCAGAAAUUAUGAGCGAUGCGGCUUACGCCAUCCUUUGCAAGGAACCCAGGAAUUGCAGCGGAAACUUCUAUAUUGACGAUGAAAUACUGAAGGCAGAAGGAGUUUCCGAUUUCAAACAAUAUGCAUGUGUACCGGCAAAUGCGGAUAAAUUGAUGCCAGACUUUUUCUUGGACGUAGAUCCAGAAAAAUUGUUGGAAUUUGCAGCUGAAGGUAGUCACGCUGCUUCGUUCAAGAAGGCCGAAGCACCAGCGGGUAAAAUUGAAGGAUUAUUCCAAAAGAUUGAAUCCUUGCUUAGUGAUGAAAUUGUCAGUAAAACCAGAGCGAUCUAUGAGUUUAACGUCAAAGGGGAAGAAGCAGGAAUUUGGUUUGCUGACCUCAAGAAUGGUACAGGGAAAGUCGGCAAAGGUAAGCCGCCGGUUGAUGCUGACGCCACUCUCACGAUGGACUCUAAGCACUUUUUCGACAUGUUUAGUGGUAAGUUGAAGCCUGCCAGCGCGUUCAUGACUGGUAAACUGAAGAUUAAAGGAGAUUUGCAAAAAGCAAUGAAAUUAGAGAAGCUGAUGGGUGGUUUGAAAGCAAAAUUGUAAAUAAGCUAGUAGUUUGAUAAAGGGAAAAGGAUAGAGCAGUUUGAAAAUUGUCUGAUUUGUUAUAUACUAUGACAUAAUCUUACAGAACCAGCAUUUUAUUGAAAUAGACAUAUUGUGGUGCAAUUGAGUUUAAAGAAUUUGUCCUUUUAUUUGAGAUGUCCAAUUAACCUACAGACUGGUUUGUGAAUAAA